AUGGAGAUGAGGCUUGUCGCCUGUGAGCGUAUGUCAGGGACACAAUGCUCGAAAAAGACUCCAUUGAGUUUGUGCUUCGUGAAGCAGCCUGUCUGCAAUGGAGAUGAGGCUGAGCACUCCAUGAAUGCUCGAAAAAAGACUCCAUUGAGUUUGUGCUUCGUGAAGCAGCCUGUCUGCAAUGGAGAUGAGGCUUGUCGCCUGCGAGCGUAUGUCAGGGACACAAUGCUCGAAAAAGACUCCAUUGAGUUUCGUGCUUCGUGGAGCAGCUUGUCUGCAAUGGAGAUGAGGCUUGUCGCCUGCGAGCGUAUGUCAGGGACACAAUGCUCGAAAAAGACUCCAUUGAGUUCGUGCUUCGUGGAGCAGCUUGUCUGCAAUGGAGAUGAGGCUUGUCGCCUGCGAGCGUAUGUCAGGGACACAAUGCUCGAAAAAGACUCCAUUGAGUUCGUGCUUCGUGGAGCAGCUUGUCUGCAAUGGAGAUGA